CGUUCGUCCAAAAUGAGUCUUUACUUCGACCGCGAAUUGUAGGACUGUGGACAUGCCGGCCAGAUAAUAGAUUGAAUGCAGCAGGUCCGACAGGGAUGGUUCUUGUUCGAGUGACGGCUCCGACGAAAUGAGGAACAAGUUUUAAAGACACCAGGGCAAAAGAAGGCAUCACCAGAUUAUGAACGAAAAAAAAGAAAUCCAUCCCGGGCCGCAAUUCCCUCGAUAACAACGACCACAACACUACUACCGAUGGGCGGUUUUCUAUGGUUCAUCGCUGGUGCAGCUGCGGCCACCAUCUAUUGCAAUGGUCGCAUACAAGCAGGGUACUAUGCCGCCAACCCGAAUGGAUACUACGAACGAGGGUGGACGCGCCAGAGCGCACAGGCUCUUGACUCCGAUGAAAGGGCGCCGGAAGGCAAUGAGAGGGAACGACAGUAUGCGUAUCGAGCCGGAGUGAGGCUAGAGGGCCAACAACGAUUCGGAUUGGAGCUACCUCAACAGCCCCGAGAGAGAAUGGAAGCUCCGGCACCACCACCUCAGCAGGAGGAACAAGUUUCGCUUGACCAUAUCAGAGAGCUCAGUAAACAAGCAGAUGAGGCUAUGUCUGCUUGUCUGAAGCUACACUUGAUUCUCUCAUGGCGACUAUAAUUGCGGCCAAGAACAAACUCGCAGAACGUCGUGCUCAGGAGGAGAAGCGGGCGUCGGAAGUG